CAUGUUUUGUCAGCCUAAGCAUGAUUAUCAUUCACAAUGUGUGUUAUGCAGGCUGACCAACAGGUUAUACAACAUCACGUGUAAAGCUAUGUAUGCGUUUAUGGGGAAGCCUGGCAGUGAGCAAUAGACUUAGAUAAAGAGAGGUGUGAAAUCCAAAACUGCACUUUUCUCUCUGAUAUAUGAUAACGUAACAUUAAGAAAGGUAUUAGUGGGGGGUGAAGUGACAUUCGGAGGGAAGGAAUGUCGCAAGUAGCAAAUCCCAAGCCUAAAUGUCCAACUCGGCCACCAGCUCCUGACCCCUCAAGGCUACGAAGAUUACGGCUUGCCAGGCUCGCCCACGCAGAAGCAGUACCAGCUGAAACAUGUAAUCAAUCACUGGAGACUCAAAACAUCCCUACAUACAUAGACGUGAUAUCUGACAAGUCCCCUGUUAAGGAGGAUGUAGCUCCUGCCAGGCAGCCACCUCCAGUACCGAAAAGAUCUUUCCUCUCUCAGACCACAGAGACACAGGAUUUAAAUGGUCAUGCUGAGACGUUAGACAUCAGAAAUACAGAUACCUCUUGGCAUAACGGGAACGAUGAGGAAACAGCGGACGGUCAAACAUCCAUCGAUGUUCUUCCCAAUGAGAGACGUCUCACGGUAGCAAAUCCCAAACCUAAAUGUCCAACUCGGCCACCAGCUCCUGACCCCUCAAGGCUACGAAGAUUACGGCUUGCCAGGCUCGCCCACGCAGAAGCAGUACCAGCUGAAACAUGUAAUCAAUCACUGGAGACUCAAAACAUCCCUACAUACAUAGACGUGAUAUCUGACAAGUCCCCUGUUAAGGAGGAUGUAGCUCCUGCCAGGCAGCCACCUCCAGUACCGAAAAGAUCUUUCCUCUCUCAGACCACAGAGACACAGGAUUUAAAUGGUCAUGCUGAGACGUUAGACAUCAGGAAUACAGAUACCUCUUGGCAUAACGGGAACGAUGAGGAAACAGUGGACGGUGAAACAUCCAUCGAUGUUCUUCCCAAAGAGAGACGUCUCACGAAUCAUGCCACACCUGUAAAUGCCGCUCCUCCUCGUCCUGUUGUUCCACCUCGCCUUUCACUGAUACGAUCAAGAAAACCCUUGCUCUGCCAGUCCCGCUCCUCUGAGCCUUUUCAACAUGUGUACGAAAGCAUUGAUGAAGUUCUGUCACAGGAUGACGACAGCGUGAGAGGUUUACCCGCAGGCCUAGCAAGAAAAGGGUGUUUUACUACUUACCGCACAUGGAGUGAACGGUCUAGUGUGUAUGGAGACAGCAAUGCAAGGGAGCUGGACAUCUUGUUAGAGUGGUGGAGAAGCAUAGGAGGGUUGAAGAAUCUAUCAAUGGACUAUGACGAAGAGGAAACAAUAACAAAACCACUGAUCUCAGUGGCACAAAGGGUAAAAACGGCAAUGCGUCUGUAUGAGCUGCUUUUAGUUCAGCGUUGCACAGCCCUGCUGAACCAUAUCACUGAGCUCCACUGCACCGCAGACAAUCUUGUCAAAUCGGAUAAAAAGGCUCGUCUUGCCAAGCUCACAGGAGGCACGACGGGUGCGGUUGGUGGUGUUACUAUUGCAGCAGGCAUUGCUCUCGCCCCACUGACCUUAGGAGCCUCGUUGGUGGCAACUGGUGUCGGCAUCGGAAUUGUUGCUGCUGGAGGGGUGGCAGGAGCAUCAGCGACCUUUGGCAAAAAAGUGAAAGGGUCUCAGUUAAAGGACAAGGUGGAGAAAAUCAUAAACAAGUACAAAGUCCAGAUCGAAGAUAUUCUAGCAUGCCUGAGGUUUAUCGAUAUAGGGAUGAAGCACCUCAGAAAGCAGCAUGACUCAAAGUUGAAGGAAAUGGGUGCUCAUUUGGAGAAAAUAGCCAGACUUGCUCAGGAAAUGGAAAACAUAAACUCCAUAGAUGCCAUUAAUGAGCAUUUUCACAUCCUGCAGGAUUUAGAUUCCUAUUUCAGUGAGGAGGACAAUCCAAGAACUAAGAAGGACUCUACUAGCCAGCUUAUACAGAAAGUCCAUGAGGUGGCUGACAAAUUCAAAGAGUGCGUGGAUCAACUGAUACGGAUUAAAAACCUGUUUCUCUCAAUAGAUGAUAAUGCAUGAGUAAAGAGAUCAGUUUUGUAAGUUUCUACAAUAUAUAUAUAUAUAUAUAUAUAUAUAUAUAUAUAUAUAUAUUUAAAUAAUCUAUUAAAUAAUAGACCCUUUCAUGUGAACUUUCCUCACAUACCCAGAAUAAUGACACUGAUGUUAAGUGAUGACACAUCACAUUUUAUACGACAAGACUAUUGAAUGCCUGAUUCAGAUUGGUUGGAAGAUGUUAAACAGGGAUGUGUUAUCUUAUGUGUCAGACGUGCCACGUAAAUGUACAGUGCUGUGAAAAAGUAUUUGCCUGAUUUCUUCUUUUUUUGUGUACAUCUCAUACUAAAUUGUCAGAAAUUAAAACAAAAUCUAAGUUAAAACAAAGGCAACCAGAGUAAACACAAAAUACAGUUUUUAAAUUGUAGUUAUUUAUUGAAGCAAAAAAAAGUGGCAAGGUGAAAACCACUGCUAAUGCAGAAGAACUGAUGAGUCAAAAGUGGAACUUCUUGGAAAACAGGGGUCCUGUUACAUCUGGCAUAAACCAAGCACAGAAUUCCACAAAAAGAACAUCAUAUCUAUGGUCAAGCAUGGUGGUGGAGGUGUGAUAGUGUGGGGAUGCUUUGCUGUUUAAGGGGCCUGGACAACUUGCAAGUUGAAACUCAAGCACAACUUGAUUAUGCAGCAAGGCAAUGAUCCAAAGCAUAGGAGUCCUAGAAGUAAGUGAUCCUAGUCCUAGAAGUAAGUGAAAGACUGAUCUCCAGUUAUCGGAAGUGUUUGGUUGCAGUUAUUGCUGCUAAAGGUGGCACAACCAGAUUUUAAGUUUAAGGGGCAAUUAGUUUUUCACAUGGGUGAUAGGUGUUGGAUAACUUUUUUUGCUUCAUUAAAAAUAAAUAAAUAAAUAAAUAAAUAAAUAAAUACUGUAUUGUGUGUUUACUCAGGUUGCCUUUGUUUGAUAUUUUAUUUUGUCUGAAGAUCUGAAACUAUUUAGUAUGAGAUGUACACAAAAGCAAAAGAAAUCAGGACGUGCGCAAAUACUUUACACAGUAUUAAAGAGCGUCCCAUGUCAGUACUUUGUAACAAUCAUGUCUGUAAAGCUAUAUUAUUAUCUAAAAUAAUUCUAAUAAAAAUGUUAUUUAUUUAUUUA